AUGUCGACAUCCUCUCUGAAUCGAAGCCACGAUCUCACCUAUUCAACCACUCCAGGAAAUGAGAUCAGUUCAGAAGACUUGCAGAGCUGCUCUACUCUGUACAAUGAAAACUACGGGGUCUGGGCACCUCACAGCAAAGCCUUGCGCAAAUCUUCCGUUCCAGGUGGCAGAGUCAAACUCCCCCCGACGGGGCUCAAGCAAGAGCUUCUCAGCGAUCCCGAUCGUACGAUAUUGGUCACUUGCCAUCUAGACGGACUCCUCAUUGGACAUGCAUUCGCUACCUCCUGGGAUUGUGGCCAAGAUGUUGUUGGAUGGGUCACCCAACUUGUCGUCCUUGAGAAACACCGCCGGAAGAAAAUCGCAACCAAUUUGCUACGCUGUCUCACCGAGAACAAAUGGUACUCGGGGAUCACGAUUUUAGGUAUUGCAUCGUCACAUCCGGUAUCGUGUAAAGCUCUUGCGAAUCUCGCUGGAAUAUCGUUGGGGGAUAUUGACACAAACUUCAUAGCCCAAAACGCAACCAGAGUAUUGGGUUCAAGUCCUGUCAGUUACUUGAAGACUUCCGAGCCUCGAGGGUCCUUGUUUCAAAAUGAAUCUGAAUCUGAUGUCGUCUCGUCCAUUGCGACAAGAUUUCCUAUCAAUCAUGCCGAGCCUCUGGCUGUCCUCGAAAAGUUCGUGUCGGAGGGAUGUUGGAGGCUGGGGAAUUUGAAAGAGAACGAUGAAUUCUUGGUAAUAGCGCCCGUUGCAGUAGAUCCGCGUCUCUUACCGAUAGAUUGA